AUGAUCUAGUCUUUGAAAAAAAGACCCACUUAGGCUAACCUUUAGCAGCAAAAAAGGGUUAGACCCGUAAGCCCAUAGAGGAAGGAGCCCAAAUAGCUUCCCAAUGCAGGUUCUGGUAAUAUAGGGUUUCUUUCGAGGGUAGGACGGCAGUCAGUAGGCGAAGGGAGGAUCAACAAUCUGA